AAAAUUAAAUUAAUAUUGAAUUAAAUGACGUUACCUAGAACACGGAAGUGUUACGUCUUGGUCAGUUUUGGCUUUGUGGUAAUUCUGUUCUUCUUUACACACUGGAAAUCAUACAAGAUCCUCGUUCAAAAUACUCAUGGAACUAGCAAUCGGCUUGUUGUUCAAGACUCAAAACAGCUUGAUGAAAGGAGCAACGUGGAAUCUGAAAGAAACGAAUCGAAAUGUACAUCGGAAGGCGGCUUACAAACGUCAGCUCACUGCGUCAAUAAAGGUAUGUUAGGUGUUGCUCCAUCUGACAUGGCAAGUUAUCGACCCAACCCAAUGGGACUCUUUGCUUGCUUAGAUGGAGAAAUGAGAGUCACCUGGACUUCGGUGAAUGAUGAUUUCUGUGACUGUAGUGAUGGUAGUGAUGAACCAGGGACUGGCGCAUGCCCAAACACUAGAUUCUUCUGCGUAGGUGGAGGACAUUAUCUGUUGUCUUCUCGCAUUAAUGACGGGAUAUGCGACUGCUGUGAUGGGUCGGAUGAGUGGAAGAAACUGACUGUCAGAGCAGAUGUGUUACAGAAGCACAACUUUAAUAUCAAAUAUGUACCAUGUGGAAACGCAUGCUGACCACUGUUGUAUGCCACUUCAAUGUUCAUAGCAGGUGUUCUAGGUUUUCAGUCAGUGGGGAUGAUUGAAAAAGCAGGCGGGGCCAAACAGGGUUGUCCCCACUGACCAAGAGCCUAGAACACGCUAUGUUUGGGAGCUUAAAAACAUAGACACAAACAUCAAAUUGUAAUAUAUAUUGGCUCAACUCGAGUGUCUGAAGGGACACAAUUAAGAGCACGAAGCAUUGACAGGGUUUGUACUCUUUGAAGCUUUUAAAAUUCCAUGACUUUCCAUGACCUUUUGAGUUUUUGAUCACUUAAGUUAAGCAGUUGUUCUUACAGUAGCAUCAAAACAAUCAUUUAUUUAACAUAUUUUCCAGCAUAAAAAAUGCUUAAGAUGCAUGCUUUUGUCUAUUUUCUACUGAAAUGUGGAAGCCUGUCUCUGGGCUUGUGUUUUUUUUUUUUCAAAUUUUUUAUCUUUUUGCCUUUUUAUUUUCUAAAUGCAUAUUGCUUUUCCAUGACU